CAGCCGCUUCCGGUGGCCCUCUGCAACGGAACACGUGGAACCCCAAAGCACUUCCUUUUUCAACCAUGGGUCUUCAGUCGAAGCCCUUGCUAAUUGAUGCCCGAGGGCAUUUAUUGGGGAGACUGGCUUCAAUUGUAGCCAAAACGGUUUUACAAGGACAGAGAGUUAUUGUGGUAAGAUGUGAAGGAAUCAAUAUCUCCGGAAAUUUCUACAGAAACAAACUGAAGGUCCUGAAAUACCUGAGACUGAGAUGUAACGUUAAACCCUCCAGAGGUCCAUUCCACUUCCGGGCUCCCAGUAAAAUGUUCUACAAGGCUGUCCGAGGAAUGGUUCCCCAUAAGACGAGCCGCGGGGCCGAGGCCAUGGAGCGCCUAAAGGUGUUCGAGGGGAUCCCUCCUCCUUAUGACAAACAGAAGAGGAUGGUGGUACCCUCUGCCCUGAGGGCUAACAGACUCAACCCCUCAAGAAAGUACUGCGACCUGAACAGACUGUCACAUGAAGUGGGCUGGAAGUACCAGAAGGUCAUCUCCACCCUGGAAACCAGGAGGAAGGUCAAGUCAAAGAAUCACUUCGAAAGGAAAAAGUUCUUACUGGCUCUGAGAGAAAAGGCCAAGCAGAACGCCGCUAAAAAGAUCGCUCCCCACCAGAAGGUGAUCGAGAGUUACGGAUUUCAUUAAGCUAAUAAAACGAAGUGAGACUCGGU